AUGCUCAACGUUUUUGCAUUUUUUGCUAAGCAAUUAAUGUAAUUUGGGACUGAGACGGUUUAUUUAUUGUAUUUAUUUUCUCCAACAAGUCGUUGAGUAGGCCAAAUUAUAUCGCCGCUCUUCACUUCAAAAACGUGUCAAAAUUCGUAUCUUUUGACAGUGCAUAUUUCGGCAAAAACUUCAAAAUGUCUGGUAACAGAAGCAAGAAGAAUGGUAAAAAAAAUAGAUUUUUCAAUAUUCCUGAGGUGCUUCAGGUUAAGUCAGUGAAAUUAGACACUAACAAGAGCAGCAAUAAAGACGGGAAACCUAACGCGAAAUCUGAAGACAACUUACGCAAAAGCCGCAGAUUUAACAAUAUCUUGAAAAAUCAACACGAAGGCUUAAGUGAAGAAAGCUGUCUGAGGAAGUUUAAAACGUUGUCGCUAAAUAACGAAGGCGAAAAUGCGCCAAGCACGAGUUCCAGCAUGCUGAAGAAUAAUCUGGAGGAGUCUUGUGCUAUUUUACAAAAAGCUAAUAAUAUUACUGACGAAGAACUUCCGUUAGCCAUGGAGUAUUAUCCUGAAGGCAAAGAUGAUACUGCUGAUAAAAUGGACGACGAAUUUGCUUGCACAUACAAAUAUUACGCAAAAAACACGAAAUCGAUUAAAUUUACGAACCAAGUAACAGUAUUGUAUUUCAACGGCGAAGACAUUCUCUGCGAGUCUAUGGAACCUCUGAAGAAAGAACAGGACCAACAAUUACGGAACAAGGAAAUGCGGAAAGAACAUUUACUGAGUAAAGGACAAAUCGACAACUUAUAUUUGUAUUAAAAUGACGUGUUUAGUCAAAACGUUGAAACUUUGUUUAUACAAUGUAUUGUAAAUACUUCACGGAAUAUUGUUUAUUUCGUCAAA